AUUCCAAGUAACAUUUGACGUACUGGAGAUGCAAGAUGUUGAGAUUGAGCGGCUGUGUAUGAUUUUGCGCCGGUGACAGUGAAGUCAGAGGUGUAUGAACAGGACACUAAGAAGACACGAUGCCUGAGGACUCCAGGAAAACUUUCCUACUGACAACCACCGCCAACUAUUUUGGUAUCCCCCCUGCAGAUGGCACAGUGUCCGAGUUAGAGAGUGCUCCAGCUCUUAACACAUUUCUUGAUGAUGGAAGCUGUAAAUUAUUGGCGGGAAGAAUUGAUACCAAAGGUGGUAGAAGUACGCUUGCAUUUAACACAAAGGUGGACACCAAAGACUCAAAGGAGCGUGUUAUUGUUUUCUUUAAGAUUAAGCCAGAGGUUAUAACCCCUGAUAAUUUGCAUACAAAUGUGUUUGUGUCAUCGAUGAUUGAUUCUCCAGUGAGUAGCUUGUACCAUGCUGUGCAAAAGAUUUAUGCCCCUUUGCUCCUGGAGGAUGCCAAGUGGAGUCGCAACCUGGAUCCAAAGCUGCAAAGCCUGCUGAGCGAAUUAGAAGCUGGUCUUGGAACAGCAAUCCGAAAACAGGACCCUUCCUUCCAGGGAAAGGCUGGUGACGGUGGAGAGGAGAAUCUGGGAAGUAUCUUAACCCCAGACGAUGAAUUUCAGUUCUGGGCUGAUGUCAGUCGUAGUGGGGGAAAGGCAGAGGUGCGCGAGAGAGCUGACCACUUCUCUGAACUGUUUAAACCAAUCUCUAAGGACUAUGGUGGCCUGGAUGCGCUAUCGCUGCAGGAUGCAAUGGAGUUGGUGGAGAUCACUCAGGACACGCUGGAUGAUGUGUGGAAACAAACAGAGUUUGACCCUUACCAGGAAACCCGUAUGAGGCACCUCAUGGAUGUGAUUGGUGGCUCCCUAGGGAGAUAUGUCCAGCGAAAGCUCUCUGCUGAGGACUUAUGGAAUGGUCAGUUUUCUCGUAUCAGAGACGCCCUGCGCAUGGGGACAGGAAUUUGUGAGCGCUGGGUGCAGGUGUGUGAGACACUGACCACCCAGUUCUGGAAGCGGUAUGGCCCCAACCCAUGGAGAGGGGAAGUGUUUGUUCCCCUUGACCUAAAGAACCUGCUCACCCGUCUGGAUGAGAUUCUGAUGUUGCGUACAGUCCAUGAGCAAGUGCUACGGCUAUUGCCUUCAUCAGAACAGCAAGAGCUCCAUGUGUCUGAAACCUUCACCCCAUUUAUGGGUCUGAACCCACUUCAGUAUAACCCCUACACCCAGCCGUUGUGGCAGGCCGCUGUGGCUCAGUAUGAGAGAGCCAUGGCCCCAGCUGAGCAGAAGAUUGCAGGCAAACUGAGAACACAGUUCAGGGCCAUUGAUUCUAACCCGCAACAGCUACUUCGAGAAUUUCAAAGGCACAAGGAAUUAAUCAAGAGGCCAAUUAUAAAUAAAGAGAUGGUGUCAGAAAGAGAGACCUUACUGGGCCAGUUAUCCGUGCACUUGAAGCAAGUCCAUGAUGACUUCAUGUCUCGUACUGAUGCUCGGUCAGGCAGUAAAGGGACGCCCAAGGGAAAGAAUCUCCCUGAUGUUGUAAACAGUAUUGUCUAUGUCAGGCAACUGGAGGCUAAGGUUGAGGAGACCACAAGUGUUGCAGAGGCACUACUUGGGGAUUUGAACGGCUUUAAAAGCUUUCGCCGUGAAGCGUAUGACCUGCUGGAAGAGCUGAGAGUCUGGCGCCGUGACCAGUUUGAUGAGUGGUCACGUGACAUUCAAGCUCUGAUAGAGGACACUCACCAGCCCCUGAGCCUGGAAACUAAUGGUCGCUUGAUGGAUUUGAACAAGUCGGAUGGAAAGCUUCAUGUGAACUACAGCGAUCGUUUGGUGACUCUAUUGAGGGAAGUGCGACAGCUCACCUCUCUGGGCUUCACAGUACCAGCUAAGAUACAGCAUGUAGCCACUACAGCUCAGCGCUUCUACCGGCAUGGUGUCAUUCUGAAACAGGUGGCUCAUUUCUACAACACCAUUGACCAACAGAUGAUUCCCAGUCAGAAGAGCUUGAUGUUAAACUCUGCCCUUCACUUUGAGAAGAUGGUGAAGAAUCCAAAAGCUGGUGCUCAGUACAGGUCAGAUGGCUCAGAUUUGUCUGUUCAGGUCACAUGGGACAACCCUGAGGAGUUAGAGUCCUACAUCAAGAAGCUUCAGUCUGCAGCUGAUCGUCUGACCACAGAAAACAGGAGGCUCAGGAAGUCACACUUUGUGGUCUGCGAAAAGGUUCAGCAAAUGAUGAGUGUGGAUUUAUUACGCCACCAGCAGAAGUGGAAAGACAGCCUGAUGGACAUUAGACACCUGAUGGCAGGGCUGGUUCAGCAGGGUUUUGCUGUGGAGAACAUGACCCCCUGGAAGAACCACUGGGACAGGCAGCUGUACAAGGCCUUAGAACACCAGUAUAAGAUGGGACUAGAGGCUCUGAAUGAGAACCUACCAGAGGUCAAAGUUGAACUAACAUACAGACAACAAAGACUUCAGUUCCGACCCCCAUUUGAAGAGAUCAAGGCCAAGUAUUUUCGUGAGAUGAAGAAAUUCAUCAGCAUCCCUAACCAUUUCAAGGGCGUAGGGGAAUUGACUGACGGCAUCAUAUUCCCGGCCAUGAUAGACAGAAAUGCUGAGGGGUUCAUCACAUGUUAUAGGAAGGCUGCUACUCUCUUCAAGAGACUGGCUGCUGUCCAGGACCAGUUCAAGGACUGGGUUGUUUUGGGAGGGCUGGACUUGGACCAGUUUGUCUCAGAUCACCUGGAGAAUCUCUCUGACUGGGAGAAGAAUUUCAAGGCUCUGAAAGCUCGUGGAAGAGAUGCUGAGAAACUGCCCAGCCAGUUUAAGGUGGACUGUAUCACGGUAAGCACGACCCCAGUCAAGGCAGUGAUUGAUGACCACAUACAGAGGCUUUUUGACGCACUCCUCAAUUCCCUGCGUAAGUCCAUCAUAUCUGAUGUGACGUCCAUUGACAACUUCCUCACCUCUGCCAUGGAGACUCUGUCUCAGAGGCCGCAGUCUGUGGAGGAGAUUGGAGAAGCCAACGCUAAGCAUGCAGAGUUUACCAAAGACAAAGUCAGGGUUGCACCUCUAUUUGAGAAGGCAGACAGUAAGAACAAGCUGCUGAGGUCUGUAGCUGGAGGCGGGGUGGACUCUAUCAACCAGCUUCAGGCUAGGUGGGACAAGUUUGAGCUUAUGAUGGAAAGUCAUCAGCUGAUGGUCAAGGAACAGGUGGAGGUGAUGAAGACAAACCUACAGUCUAGAGUGAAGGCCUUUCAGCAAGAGGUGGAGAAAUUCGCUGCCAGAUGGCAUCAGCUGAAGCCUGGGGAUGAGGCCCUGGAUGGGGACAAACAGAAAUGUGACCAGGCUGUGAACAUCAUCAGGGAGAAGAGGCAGGAGUUUGCUGAGCUGGAGGAGACUCGGGCCAAACUUGUAUGUGACUGCGAACACUUUGGGCUGGAAAUCCCCGAGUUCCCUCAGGCUGAUGAGGUGAGAGAAGACAUGGCCAGUUAUCAGAGUAUGUGGUCUCUGUACGAGGACUUCAACAAUGGCCUUCUGGAGUUGGCCAAAGAGGACUGGAUCUCAUUCAGAUCCAAAUCGUAUAUGUUUGAGGAAUUUUUGGGCGGUUGGUAUGAGAAGCUGAAGUCUUAUGCAGCCAGUACUAUGACUGUCAAACUACAGAAAGACAUUGACACCUACAAGAACGUGCUACCAGUGCUGAAGUGGGUGAGAGGUGAGCCUCUGUCACAGGAUCACUGGCUGGAGCUGUUCAGAAUACUCCAGAUGCCUCGAGGAACCACUCUAGAGAAACUCACCUUUGGAAACAUUCUCAGUGCCAGUGAGCACAUCAUCAGGAACGCAACUGCUCUGAAGGAACUGAAUCAACGUGCCCAAGGGGAGGUAACUAUCCGUGAAGCAAUCCGUGAGCUAGAAUUGUGGGGAGCAGGAGCUAUAUUUGCUAUGACAGAAUAUGAAGACAGCAAUAAGAAGACACUACACCUUAUCAAAGAUUGGAAAGAUCUUGUUAAUCAGGUUGGAGACAACCAGUGCCUGCUGCAGUCCCUGAAGGACUCGCCUUACUAUAAGAGUUUUGAGGACAAGGCGUCCAUCUGGGAGCAGAGACUAGCUGACCUGGAUGAGUUCCUACACAACCUGAACCAGAUCCAGAGGAAGUGGGUAUACCUAGAGCCCAUCUUUGGGAGAGGUGCUCUACCUAAGGAGCAAGGCCGCUUCAAGAGGGUCGAUGACGACUUCAGGUCCAUCAUGCAGGAUGUCCACCGUGACACCCGUGUCCUGUCCCUCGUGGCCAGAUCUGGACUGAGGACUCUCCUUACCACAAUGUUAGAUCAGCUGCAGAGGUGUCAAAAGUCUCUCAAUGAAUUCCUUGAGGAGAAGAGAUCAAUAUUCCCGAGGUUUUAUUUCAUCGGUGAUGAUGACUUACUGGAGAUCCUGGGUCAAGCCACAAAUCCUAACGUCAUCCAGUCUCACCUGAAAAAGCUUUUUGCCGGCAUUCACAGUGUGCAGUUUGACGAGAAAUGUCAGAACAUCAUGGCCAUGAAGUCCUUGGAAGGGGAGGUGGUGCCCCUGAAGAGACGGGUAGAAAUCACCCCAGAGGUUGAGGUUUGGCUUGGAAAUCUGUCAACCGAAAUGAAGAGCACACUUAAGGAGCUUCUAACAGAAUGCCUGAGAGACUCCAAGUCCCAGAGUUCCAGAGGGCUGGACCCCAGCAGAUACCCAUCUCAGAUUCUAUGCUUGGCCGAGACAAUCCACUUCACAGAGCGGUGUGAGGAUGCUAUUCGUGGGGGACGCCUACGUGAUUUCAUGAGGGAGAUGGAGCAGCAGUUAGAGGUCUACACCAGCGUCGAUCUCGGGUCGGCUGGCGAUGAUGUCAGCUCUCAUGUAUUGGAACUGAAACUGAAAGCUCUAAUCCUGGACACAAUCCAUGCCAUGGAUGUGAUAUCUACACUGAUGGAGCUGCGGGUAUCCAGUGUGGAGGAGUGGGCGUGGCAAAAACAGCUCAGGUAUUACCUACGACGAGAUGGAAUGUGUGUCAUGCGGAUGGUGGACGCAGAGUUUGAGUACACCUACGAGUACCAGGGCAAUGCCGCCAAAUUGGUACACACACCCCUGACAGACAAGUGCUACCUUACCCUUACACAAGGUAUGCAUAUGGGACUUGGCGGGAACCCCUAUGGCCCAGCAGGUACAGGGAAGACAGAGUCUGUCAAAGCACUGGGAGGCUUGUUUGGUAGACAGGUGCUUGUCUUCAACUGUGACGAGGGUAUAGAUGUGAAGUCUAUGGGACGUAUCUUUAUUGGCCUGGUGAAGUGUGGAGCCUGGGGAUGUUUUGAUGAGUUCAAUCGUCUGGAGGAAGCCGUGUUGUCAGCUGUCUCCAUGCAGAUCCAGGUUAUACAGGAUGCAAUCAAGAGGAGAGCUCCUACAGCGCAGCUCCUCAACAGAACUGUGGAUAUUGACCACAACUCUGGGAUCUUCAUCACCAUGAAUCCCGCGGGGAAGGGCUACGGAGGCAGACAGAAGCUACCUGACAACCUCAAACAGCUGUUCAGACCUGUGGCCAUGUCUAAGCCAGACAACGAGCAGAUCGCCGAGGUCAUCCUCUUCUCUGAAGGAUUUAAACAGGCCAAGGAGCUUGGCAGGAAACUUGUUGCCAUAUUUAACUUGUCCAAGGAACUUCUGACCCCCCAGCAGCACUACGACUGGGGACUGAGAGCCCUCAAAACAGUGCUCAGGGGUAGUGGGAAUCUCCUACAGAACACUAAGAAGAACACACCAGGUAAAGUGGAAGCAAGUGUAGAGGCUAAGAUUGUGGUGCAGGCUGUGAGAAUCAACACACUGUCCAAACUCACUUUCUCUGACAGCAUUAGGUUUGAUGCACUGGUUAGGGACAUCUUCCCAGGGGUACAGUUCAAGGACAUUGAGUAUGAGACCCUGGGAGCUGCCAUCAAGGAAGUGUGCAAGGAGUGUAACCUACUGGUUAAUGAGGGACAGGUGAAGAAAGCCCUGGAGCUGUAUGAACAGUUACGUCAGAGGACAGGGGUGGUAGUUGUGGGUCCCAGUGGUUCAGGCAAGUCCACCCUGUGGCGUAUUCUCAGGCUCGGGCUGGCCAAGGUGAACCAGAUGGUCAAACAGUACACCAUGAACCCCAAGGCCAUGCCCAGGACUCAGCUGCUUGGUCACAUAGACAUGGACACCCGUGAGUGGACAGAUGGAGUGCUGACCUACAGUGCCAGACAAGUGGUCAGGGAGCCCCAAGAGGUACAGUCCUGGAUUAUCUGUGAUGGUGACAUUGACCCAGAAUGGAUUGAGUCUCUGAAUUCCGUACUGGAUGAUAAUCGCCUCCUCACCAUGCCGUCAGGGGAGAGAAUCCAGUUUGGACCAAAUGUCAACUUCUUGUUCGAGACCCAUGACUUGAGUUGUGCUUCUCCUGCUACCAUUUCUAGAAUGGGCAUGAUCUUCCUCAGUGACGAGGACACAGAUGUCAAAGCUUUGGUGGCGUCCUGGUUGAGCCACCAGUCCUGGGACACGGACCUCUUGUCAGGCUGGAUUGAGGACCAUUUCUACACAGCCCUAGAGUGGGUCCUAAAACAGAGUGACUUUGUCGUAGAGACAACCCUGGUAGGCUGGGUAAUGAAUGGCCUGUCCCACUUGUACCAAGUCAAGAAUAAGGCUGAGUUUAGCCUGGCUCUCAUCAAAGGCCUGGGAGGCAAUCUUAACGAACCCACCAGAGAAGUAUUUGCUAAAGAGGUAUUUAGCUGGACUCAGGAGAGUUUCCCUGACUCCAGCCGGCCUCUCAACUGUUACUAUGACAGUGACUCUGGCAGACUUGCAAGCUACACAAUAGAUGAAGGUUCCCUGCACUCUUUGCUUCCAGAGUCUCUGACCGCUGAUAACUUUGGGACAGCUAACACCCUGCCGGUCAUACAGACGACUGAUGUACAGAGAUGCCUUAACUACUUCAACCCCUGGCUCCAGUCAGAUAACAGACAGCCUUUUAUAUUGGUGGGACCAGAGGGAUGUGGCAAAGGACUGCUACUGAGACACUGCUUUGAGCAGUUGCGCUCCACCCAGGUGGCUGUAGUGCACUGCUCAGCCCAGACUAACCCCACCCACGUGCUGCAGAAGCUCUCGCAGACAUGCAUGGUGAUCAGCACCAACACAGGCCGGGUGUACCGCCCCAAGGACUGCGAGAGACUUAUCCUCUACCUGAAGGACAUAAACCUGCCCAAACCUGACAAGUGGGGCACCUGUCAGCUGAUUGCCUUCCUGCAGCAAGUGUUGACAUACAAUGGUUUCUAUGAUUCUAACUUGGAGUGGGUUGGUUUGGAAGGAGUACAGGUUGUGGCUAGCAUGAACGGAGGCAACACUCUGGGCAGACAUAAGCUCACCACACGCUUCACCUCUGUGGUCAGAAUCUGCUCUAUAGGGUAUCCUGACCGAGAACAGCUCCAGGCCAUAUAUGCAGCUUACCUGACCCCAGUUCUCGGCAAGCAGCUUGGGCGGCAUCCAGUUUGGGGGAACCCCUCCAAAGUCCAUGCCCUGGCUGGCUCCAUGGUGCAGCUUUAUGAACAGGUACGAGGACGCUUUACAGUGGAUGAUUACAGUCAUUAUCUGUUCACACCCCGUGACCUGACCCGCUGGGUGCUGGGAUUCCUCCGCUAUGACCUCACAGGUGGCGCCAGUGAGCACACCAGUGACCAUGUGAUGGAGAUCUGGGCAUACGAGGCACGCCGUCUUUUCAGGGACAGAAUGGUGGGACAAGAUGGACUCCACAAGUUUGAUAACAUCCUCAUGUCUGUCCUCAGGGCAGACUGGUCCUCUAAUCUGGAGGAUUUGGAAGACACAUUCUAUGUGACAUGGGGUGCUCGCUCCGAGUCAGGAGCACCAGCUGUGGCUGCAGGGGCACCCUUACCUCCUAACGGCAAACCCCUGGGUAAACUGACCACAGAUGAUCUGCAGGCGGUCAUAGAGAAAGGCCUCAGGAUGUACAGCCGCGAGAAUCGUGAUCUGGACAUCCUGGUGUUUAAGGAGGUUUUGGAGCACAUAGCACGUGUUGACCGUGUACUGACCAUGCCAGGAGGGUCACUUCUGCUGGCUGGACGCAGUGGUGUAGGUCGUCGGACAGCAGUCACUCUGGUCGCACACAUGCACCAGAUGAAACUUGCAUCCCCCAAAACCUCUCGUGGCUAUGGCCUUAAACAGUUCAAGAAUGAUUUGAAACUGGUAAUGCAGGAGAGUGGUAUUGAGGGAGAGCAGGUGGUCCUAUUGUUAGAGGACCAUCAGUUUGCGGAGCCCCAAUUCCUGGAGCUGAUCAACAGCCUGCUGUCUGCAGGAGAAGUUGCAGGCCUCUACACCCCAGAGGAGCUGGAACCCCUUCUGACACCCCUCAGGGACAUGGCAUCAGAGGCUGGCUUCAGAGGGACGCUCAUCAACUACUUUGCUUCUAGGGUCCAGACAAACCUCCAUGUUGCCCUCAUCAUGGAUUGUACACAUGCCAAGUUCACACUAAACUGUGAGAGUAAUCCAGCCUUCUUCAAACAAUGUGCCGUGCAGUGGAUGGAGGGCUGGAGUAGGGAUAGCAUGGUCAAGGUUCCAUACCUGCUGUUGACCCGCCCACCUAAGAUAGAGGGAGAUUCUAUUGGUGAGAAAAAACAGCGAAAGCGCCAUCUGUCUGGAGGGGACGAGCUUCUGAAAAAUUUCCUGCAAGUGCACGAGUCAUGCGAUUCUCUCGUGGCCACACCCAGGCGAUACAUGACCUUCCUAACGACGUACCUUUGUGUGUACAACAAGAAGAAAGCUGGCGUGGAGCUACGACAACAACACUUACAGGCCGGUGUUGCUAAACUGAAUGAGGCCAAGGAGCUGGUGGAUGACCUGAAGCGAAAGGCAGGAGAAGAGAGUGUGCUACUGGCGGAGAAACAGGCUGAGGCUGAUGGAGCUCUGAGAGAGAUCACCGUCAGCAUGCAGAAUGCCAGUGAGCAGAAGCAGGAGAUGGAGGUUCUCAAGGGACAGGCUGCUGAGGAGAAUGUCAAACUGGAAAAGAGGAAGAGGGCCAUAGACUCGGAGCUGGCUGAGGUGGAACCCCUUGUGAAGGAGGCCAAGGCUGCAGUGGGCAGCAUCAAGUCUGAGUCACUGUCAGAGAUCAGAGCCCUGCGUGCACCCCCUGAUGUCAUCAGGGACAUCCUGGAGGGUGUCCUCAGACUCAUGGGCAUAUUUGACACCUCCUGGGUCAGCAUGAAGAGCUUUUUAGCCAAACGGGGAGUGAAAGACGAAAUUCAGACAUUUGAUGCUCGCAGGAUAACCCCAGAGAUUCGUAAAAGUGUUGAAGAUCUUCUGAAAAAAACGAAAGGCUCAUUUGAACCCCAGAACGCAAAACGAGCAUCGGCAGCGGCUGCGCCUCUUGCAGCCUGGGUAACAGCAAAUGUCAAGUUCUCCUAUGUCUUGGAGAAGAUAGAGCCCCUGGAGAAGGAACAGGCUGGCUUACUCAGGAAUCUGCAGAAGGCAGAGUCUCGCAUGGAGAAGCUAAGCCAUGCCCUGAAUGAGGUGGACGAAAAGGUGGCGCAGCUUAGAAACCGCUUUGAGAAGCUGACCAAAGAGGCUGCCGAGCUUAAGAUCAAACUAGACAAAGAGAAUGAGACGAUCCAGGCAGCAGAGACACUUGUCUCCAAACUAGAUGGGGAAUAUGAGCGCUGGAGUAGUCAGGUCGGGGAGCUGAACACGGUGUUACAGGAGUUACCUAAGCGUGCGCUCCUGGCUGCUGCCUUCAUCUCCUACUUGCCCUCUGCCCCAGAGGACGUGCGUCGUCGCAGUCUAACCGGCUGGCAGGAGACAGUGGGACUGUCCGGGUUUGAUGUGAGACGCUUCCUCAGUACAGAGAGUGAGCAGCUCACGUGGAAGGCUGAGGGGCUGCCGUCUGAUGACCUGUCCAUGGAGAACGCCCUCGUUAUCCUACAGAUAAAUGAUCUACCAGUUGGGAACUCUCUGCGGCCAUUCCUUGUAGACCCCUCAGCCAGAGCCACAGAGUGGCUGAAGGCACACCUUAAAGAGAACAGGCUGGAGGUCAUCAAACAACAGGAUGCUAACUUCACCACAUCACUGGAGCUGGCAGUCAGGUUUGGGAAGACCCUGAUCAUACAAGAGAUGGAUGGUAUAGAGCCUAUAUUGUACCCCCUACUUAGGGGGGAUCUUACCUCACAAGGUCCCAGGUUUGUGGUACAGAUUGGAGAGAAGACUAUAGAUUAUAAUGAGGAGUUCCGACUGUUCAUGACAACCCGUAACCCUAAUCCUGAGAUCCCACCUGACGCAGCCUCCAUCGUGUCAGAGGUCAACUUCACCACCACAAGGGCUGGGCUCACCGGACAGUUACUGGCGACCACAAUCCAGCAUGAGAAGCCUGAGCUAGAAGUGAGGAAGACUGAGCUGCUGAAGCAGGAGGAAGAUCUUAAGAUACAGCUAGCUCAGCUGGAGGAGUCUCUGCUGGAGGAGCUGGCCAAUGCCAAGGGUAACAUCCUGGAGAACAAGGAGCUGCUGGACUCCCUGAAUAAGACCAAGGCCAGCAGUAUCACCAUAGCUGACUCUCUGGCAGAAUCUGUGCGACUCCAGUCCUCAUUAGACCAGGAGCGUAACACUUACCUCCCUUUGGCAGAGAAUGGCAGCCGGCUGUUCUUUGUGAUCAGCGACCUGUCAAAGAUAAACAACAUGUACCGCUUCAGCUUGGCUGCUUUCUUGAGACUCUUCCAGAGGGCGCUCCACACACAGCAUGACGGGAGUGGUACAGAGUUACGGAUAGAGACGCUGAUAUCUCGUCUCCAGUAUCUUGUAUAUGAGUACGUCUGCAGAUCUCUGUUCAAGGCAGACAGGCUGAUGUUUGCCAUGCAUAUGGUCCAUGGGAUGAAGCCAGACCUCUUUGAAGAGAAUGAAUGGGAGGCGUUUGUGGGACUGUACAUGGCUGAUGCUAAAACUGACAGUAAACACGUGACUGUACCCAGCUGGGUGGAUCAAGAGAGAAGCCUAGCCUUCUCCACACUCAAGUCUAACUUCCCUCAGCUGUGUCAAGAGCUACAGCUUGAGGACAGUGGUGUAUGGUCAUCCUUCUCCCGCAGCAGCCAGUGUGAGCUGGAGUUUCCAACAUCCAUCGAGAAGCGCACCACUCUGUUUCAGCGGCUGCUCCUCGUGCAGGCUGUACGGCCAGACAGAUUACAGAGCGCCAUGUCUGUGUUUGCAUGCAGAGCUCUGGGUAUGAAAGAGCUGGCCACUCCCAGUGUGAACUUGAAGAGACUGUUCCAGCAGGAGACUGAGCCCUCUGAACCUAUCCUUGUUGUUAUCUCCCCUGGAGCUGAUCCAUCCCAGGAACUUCAAGAGCUGGCUGCAGAAACCAUAGGCUCAGACAAAUACCAUCAGGUGGCGAUGGGUCAAGGUCAGGCUGAAAUAGCCAUGCAGUUGUUACACGACUGUGCCCGCAAUGGAGAGUGGCUUUGUCUGAAGAACCUUCAUUUGGUUACAGCCUGGCUUCCCCAGUUGGAGAAGGAGAUCAACUGCCUUCAGCCACACCAAGAGUUUAGAUUGUGGAUGACAGCAGAAGUCCACCCCAAGUUCCCCACCAUCCUCCUCCAGUCCAGUCUCAAGAUGACAUACGAGGCUCCCCCAGGAGUGAAGAAGAACUUGCAGCGCACAUACGAGUCCUGGAGUGUGGACUACGUCAGUAAGGGAGGCAAUGUCAUCAGGUCACAGGCCCUGUUUGUGCUGGCCUGGUUCCACGCUGUUGUACAAGAGAGACGGAUGUACAUCCCCCAGGGCUGGACCAAAUUCUACGAGUUCUCAUUGUCAGAUUUACGUGCUGGGGCUGACAUACUGGACAGGUUAUGCUCUGGCCUCAAGGAUGUUCCCUUUGACUUUAUCCACGGCCUGUACGAGUACGCCAUCUAUGGAGGUAGAGUGGACAACCCAUUUGACAUCCAGGUCAUGGCGUCCUACUUGCGCCAGUUCUUCAACCAUGCAGUGCUCUCCCCUCACGGCAAGAAUAAGAAAGUGGGACCUAUCAAACUGCCCAACUCUACCAGUCACAGGGAUUAUGUCGAGGCUAUUGAGUCAUUGCCAGAGUUUGACAAACCCUCUUACUUUGGCCUCCCUGAGAACAUUGAGCGUUCAGCUCAGAGGUUUAUCAGCUCUAACGUCAUCUCUCAGCUCCGUGUUCUCAUGAGGGUUGACUCUAAGGAGAACAAGUUUGACAAGGACAUCUGGGCUAAGGCACUGGGACCCAUUCUCAACCUGUGGAAGAAAAUUAACACGGGCUCACAGUUGAUUCAAAUGAAGGUGCUGCCCCCUAGUGACACAUCAGGUCAUGAAUCUCCCAUCGUGUCAUUCCUGAGACUGGAACGGUACAAUGCUGUUAAGCUAGUGCAGAGUAUUCAUACCUCAUUGGCUGCUCUCAGCAAGGUCAUCAGGGGGUCACAGCUCGUGACAACUGAGGUGCAGAAUCUGGCUGCCGCUCUUCUGACACAGGAGAUCCCGAUAAGCUGGCUGAAGAAGUGGGAUGGACCUGAGGACCCAUACCAGUACUUGAGAGGACUGGUGUCCCGUGCCAUUGCCAUACAGACCUGGCUGGAGAAGGCAGAACAGGAUUCUCUGCUCAGGGACACUCUUGACCUGUCUGAACUCUUCCACCCAGAUACCUUCCUCAAUGCACUCAGACAACACUCAGCCAGGGAUAUCGGUUGCUCAAUGGACAGCCUCAAGUUUACCUGUAGCUGGAAAGGCAGUAUUCAGGGGACAAAGAUAAGUGUGCGUAUUGGAGGCUUACAGCUGGAGGGGUGUAGCUUUGAUGGAUCCCGUCUUUCUGAGAACCAGAGAGAUUCCCCCAGUGUGGCAGCUAUCCCACCCUGUGUGGUUGCCUGGGUACCAAAGGAUACGCCUGACCCUUACGGACUAGACAGCACUAUCUCUAUACCAAUCUACGCCAGCAGUGAGCGGGACCGAAUUGUCGCUCGCUUGGAUGUCCCAUGUGGUGGGAACCCAGAACAGUGGCUGCAGUGUGGGGCCGCCAUCUUUCUGAAGGCUCAGUGAAUGUCACCUCUCCAACACAAACAAUCCGAAUGCUAACGUGUAUCAAUAUCACUGUCUUGAAUUGUCUCCCCUUCUUUGUGGUUGUUUCGUGUUCAGGGUAGCUUUAUCAAGCGAUUCUGCUUGUUAAUAACAAGAGAGUAUAUGUAUCUGUUUUAUGAAAUUAACUUCAAUGAAUUUUUAUUAGUUUUUGUGUUUGUUGAAACAACUUUACUUUACUUUACAUAUUGGAGUAAAAAAAAAUACUGUGUAAAAAUUUUGAAAAUAUAUCACAAUUUCUGUAUAUUGAAGCUCAGUAAUAUAUCUGCUGUUUCACUGACUUUUGUGCUGAACUCUUUCCCAUUCUGAUUGUGUAGCUUAUUUUUAAUUAAAUACAAGUAUAGAAGUGUAAAGGGCACGAAGUGGUGUGAUCCGUCAACUUACUUGACAAUAUAGAUACUUGUGCUAUAUCAACCCUCUAAGAUACCAACCCUCAAACCUCUAUACAGAUGUCAACCCUCUAUACACUGUUUCUGUAUAUAUGCUAUUACUGUUACUGUUAGUACAUGCAAACCGUCCACUUUGCCGUUAUUUUUCACUGUUGACAUAGCCGUCAUUUUCUUUGUCCGUCCAUUUUGUCAUGUGUUGAUACUGUUUGAACUGUGAUAGACAAGAGUUGCCUUGACAUUAAAACU